AUGUAUUGUGAAACACCAACAUCAACAGCAAAUGCAUUGGAGACAUCAUCAUCAUCACCAUCAACAAUAGGUUCUACUUUUGAAUCAACAUCUUCAGAAUCAUUAACAAGCGCCCCAGAGAUUAGCACUACAACAGACACAACAUCAUCUUCAACCAUUGGUUCUACUUUUGAAUCAACAUCUUCAGAAUCAUUAACAAGCACCCAAGAGAUUACCACUGCAACAGACACAACAUCAUCUUCAUUCACUGCAUCUACAGAAUCAUUAACAAGCAUCUCAGAGAUUAGCACUACAGGAGUCACAACAUCAUCUUCAUUUACUGGUUCUACUUUUGAAUCAACAUCUUCAGAAUCAUCAACAAGCGCCCCAGAGAUUAGCACUACAACAGACACAACAUCAUCUUCAUUGACUGGUUCUACUUUUGAAUCAACAUCUUCAGAAUCAUUAACAAGCGCCCCAGAGAUUAGCACUACAACAGACACAACAUCAUCUUCAACCAUUGGUUCUACUUUUGAAUCAACAUCUUCAGAAUCAUUAACAAGCACCCAAGAGAUUACCACUGCAACAGACACAACAUCAUCUUCAUUCACUGCAUCUACAGAAUCAUUAACAAGCAUCUCAGAGAUUAGCACUACAGGAGUCACAACAUCAUCUUCAUUUACUGGUUCUACUUUUGAAUCAACAUCUUCAGAAUCAUCAACAAGCGCCCCAGAGAUUAGCACUACAACAGACACAACAUCAUCUUCAUUGACUGGUUCUACUUUUGAAUCAACAUCUUCAGAAUCAUUAACAAGCGCCCCAGAGAUUAGCACUACAACAGACACAACAUCAUCUUCAACCAUUGGUUCUACUUUUGAAUCAACAUCUUCAGAAUCAUUAACAAGCACCCAAGAGAUUACCACUGCAACAGACACAACAUCAUCUUCAUUCACUGCAUCUACAGAAUCAUUAACAAGCAUCUCAGAGAUUAGCACUACAGGAGUCACAACAUCAUCUUCAUUUACUGGUUCUACUUUUGAAUCAACAUCUUCAGAAUCAUUGACAAGCGCCCCAGAGAUUAGCACUACAACAGACACAACAUCAUCUUCAUUCACUGGUUCUCCUUUUGAAUCAACAUCUUCAGAAUCAUUAACAAGCGCCCCAGAGAUUACCACUACGACAGACACAAGAUCAUCUUCAUUCACUGAAACAUCAACAUCAGCAUCAACUGGAAUAUCGUCGUCAUCAUCAUCAUCAUCAUCAACAGAUCCUACUUUUGAAUUAACAUCUUCAGAACUAUUAACAAGCAACCCAGUUGUUACCACUACACCAGACGCAACAUCAUCUUCAUUCACCGGUAAGAUUAGUGACACUUCUCUAAUACUGGUUGCAGUUCUGGAAAUCCUCCAUGUUGCACAGGAAGGAAUGACUCUUGUAGCUCAAGCAAUUGCUUUUGUGAUGAAUAUUGUCUUCAAGCGAACGACUGCUGCUAUGAUUAUAAAAGCAUUUGUGGUUAGCACCUAUGCACAUGAUUGGAGCAAAAUUCCAAACAAAUUUUUCUGCAAUAUUGAACAAACAAACCACAUAUCUACAUCAGACAUUUCCACACAAGGUCCACCAAAGGUGGCAAUGAUGCAAUACAUCCUCUGGCCAUUAUAUUUCAGGUGCCAACCUAGUAUUGCCAUCAACGUGACCAGUCCUUUCCUUUAUUAUGGUAUUAGUUCUUUGAACUGUGAACUUUUCAAAUUGAAAUUGUAA